AUGGCAUUGUACGAUGAUGAUGAUGAGGAACCGCCAAAGAGAGAGGAGCCUGUUCCGCAAACUCCACCAAAUAAGGGCGCUGCAAAUAUCACCAUGAAAUUUUUACAGCAGCAACUUGCCCAAAAGAAAACGAAUAUCAGCCAACCGCCGCCGCCACGUGGAACGCCAGUUGUUCCCGGCGUUUUCAAUUUGUCCGGACAGGGAGGAGCAAAAACUCAACUUAACAUCAAAGCCGCACCAAGGCCAGCUUUUAAUCCCGUCAGAGCUUCACCAAUUAAUGACGGAGUUCCUCUCAAGUUUCUUCCGAAUGCGGCCAUUGAAGACAAAAUCUUGCUUUUUAAUGAAGUUGUUAUUGAAAACGAGUAUCAACCUGCUGUACCAAAUGAUUACUACGAGGAGCGAAAGAAAUUGGAUGUAAUAGAAGCAAGAGAAAAGGCAGCUCGCGAUGUGGCAGAUCGAAUUGCACGUGAAUACAAAGAGGAGGAAAAGAAGCGAGGAAAGGGGGCUGCGAUUGCACCACCGACGAUGUUACAAGAAGAAAGCAAGCCUGAAGUGCCAGCGACCACUUCAUCGACUACUGUUUUCAAAGCACCGGCAUUUACUCCGUCAUUUGGAGGAAAAAGCAAGGGUCUCGGAGUCGCUGCAAACAUUAUGAGCAAGAUGGGCUACAAAGAAGGUAGUGGGCUAGGAAAAUCGGAGCAAGGGAUGAGUACUGCACUGACAGUGAAGCGAGUAGGCAUGCGGAGUGGGCAAAUCAUGAGUGAAACUAUUGAUGGAAAACAAAUGGCUCCCCAAGGAGUUGGAACGACAAAUAUGUCUGAUGCCAUGAAAAACCCGAGUCGUGUCGUCUUAUUGAGAAAUAUGGUCGGGCGGUCGGAAGUCGAUGACGAUUUGGACAGUGAAAUUCAAGAAGAAAUGGCAAAAUACGGAGCCGUUUCGAGUGUUGCUGUACACGUGAUGCCAGAAGGAACACCAGAAGAGGAAGAGGUUCGAAUAUUUGUGGAAUUUGGAAAUAUUUCUCAAGCGAUAAAGGCAUUCAUCGUUCUCAGUGGGAGGACGAUUAUCGAGAAAAAUACUUUAUCAGGCCUGUAUGAGGAA